CGUGUGUGGGGUGUGUGCGUGUCGCACUGGAUUUCCCGCAAUUUCUGUUAUCUGGAAAUCCCAGAUCAAGUGGGCCAAGAUAUAUAAUCAUAGUGGAGAUGGAACGACUUGAUCUGAUUUGAUUCGACAAAGCCUUCUUUAGUUGUUUAUAAUUGCAAUUAUAAUGCGUUACCAUUACUUUUAGCGGCAUGAUGAUUAGAACUUUAAUACGAUCGUCACGACUUGUAUCGUUGGGUGGUAGUAGAAUACAGGCGGUCAGGUAUGUGCGAGGUGCCAUGAAACAAAGAUUCGAUGCAUACAAAAGAGCACAACGAGUUCUGUUAGGAGCUAUGGCCACCGGCACAGCAGGUCUCGCACUGGCACCUUUUCUGGGUAAAAAGUCAGAAGGAAACGAUGUCUCCGAGGAAACAACCAGACUGGAACGUUUUAAACAAGAAGCAGAUACAUUAUACAGCGUUUAUUUGAUCGAAAAUGCAUACAACGUUUUAAGGAGAUUUUCAUCGGGCACUGAUCCACAAAUGCUCUGGCGACUGGCUCGCGUAUUGUGUGAAAAGGCCAAAAUGUCGAAGGAUAAAGACGAUAGGAGGCGGUUCAUGUAUGAUGCUUUGAAAAUGGCUGAAAAGGCACUCGAUAAUGAAGGUGAAGAAUCUUGUUGGGAGGCUCAUAAAUGGUAUGCUAUUGUACUAAGUUACGUAUCACAGCAUGAAGGCACCAGAGAGCAGGUUCGGCAAUCCUUGGAAAUUCGGAAGCACCUCGAGAAAGCGCUUGAUCUAAAUUCUACUGAUGCAACUACAUGGCAUGUACUUGGGGUAUGGUAUUUUACAUAUGCGGAUUUACCAUCAUGGAAGGCCGCAAUAGUUAAGACACUGUUCGGAUCAGUUCCAUCAGCGACAUAUGAAGAUGCUUUGAGAUGCUUUCAAAAAGCUGAGUUUAUCAAGCCGAAUUUCGAUUCUUCGAAUUUGUGGUACUUGGCAGAGGUAAAAACCAGACUUGGUCAAAAAGAAGAGGCUUUUGAACUUUACAAGGCUGCAUUCAAAAUGCCAGUUAUUACCAUGGAUGAUGGUGAUACUCAUGAUAAGGCAUACGAAAAAUUACGAAAGCUUGGGGUGAAAGAUUUCACGGAACUUUAAUAUCGCAAUGUUGCUUUCUGAGGAAGUUUCUCGGUGUUUCAAUACAUUUAUAUUGACGAAUUGUUUUUAUGGCUCUUUAAUCGUUACAUAACAGUGUAAAAGCUUUUGUUACUUAUCACAACAGUAUUUUAUUUUAUCUAAUGGGAAAAUAUCUGUGCUUUUUUUUUAAUUUGCUUUUCUGAAUUAUUUUUUAGUUUCAAAAAAAAUUUUUCAUGCGGUUACUUUUUGCAUCGUGAAUUCUUUCCACUAGUACAUUUCAUUUGCCCCACCUGAUUAAUACCGGUUCUGAUGCAAGAGAACUCCAUCCAAUUUUAUUUAUCUUUUUAAC